AUGAAGAUCACAGUGCAGGCCGACCUCCCUCUGCCCGCAGAAACCUAUCUGCUAGAGCGUGAUGGGGCCGCGUUCCGCACGUUCAUUGCUGAGGAGAUGCGCCUGCUGGAGUAUGAGAUAAUAGACUGCUGGAGGGAAGGUUCCCAGACGCGGAUCAAAAUCAACAGCAAGCCUGACGUCUCCGCAUGGAUCCCCGGCUCCCUGGCCAGGAGCAUCCCCGAGAAGCUGGAGUACUUUGAUGUGGUGUCGUACGACCCCGCCAGGCUGGCGCAGCCGCCAUAUGAGCUAGCCAUCCGCAGCGAGGCGCCCUUCCUGGGGGAGAAGGGCCACUUUGAGUCGCGGACGCUGAUCGAGCCGCUGGGCCCCGAGCGCUGCCGCCACGUUCUGGAGCAGACCAUAGAGUUUAAGGGCAUGUUUGGGCUGGGCGGCGUGGCCAAGAAGCUGGCAAGGAAGAGCCUGCAGCAGAGCUUCAACGAGAUGCCUGCGCUGAUUGAGAAGUGGGUGCAAGUCAGAGAGGAGCUGCUGCAGACGCCGCACGGCCGGGAGCGGCUGCUGGCUGGGCGGCCCAAGGUGGAGGGUGUGGCCUGGAUGGAGGAGCAUCACGGGCGGAAGCAGCGCCGGUCUGCCAAGCACCCUUGCCGCGCCGCGGCCAGCGUGGAGCUGAGGGCAGAGGCAGGCCUGCAGCUCGGCGCGACGCAGCACAGGCCCGAUGCAGCAGCCCUAGCUGCCGCCUUCAUCCCCGCCCCGCUCCCCUCCGCGUUUGCCGCUGCCGCCGCCGAGGGCGCCGCGCUGGCUGUGGUGGGCGGGGAGGAGCCAGGCGGCGGCAGUGCUGGGGCCACAGAGCCAGGGCAGCAGCCAGAGCAGCAGGAGAGCGAGUAUUGGGAUGCUUUGGAGCGGCCCUCCCGCCAGACCACUGCCGCCACCGUAUACCUCACCCCCUCGCCCUCCCUGGCCCGCUCUGGGAUCCCGGAGCUGCCUGCUGAAGCAAUCGGAGGAGCAGCAGCCGCUCCCACCGCGGAGGCCGCGCUGCCUGCCGCCCGGCGGCGGGUGUGGGCGGAGCGGCUGGGCCCGGAUGGCAGGGCGCUGGCAGAGGAGGAGGCGGCGAGAGGCAGCAGUGCCGCUGGCUCUGCCGCUGGCUCUGCCGCUGGCUCUGCCAGGGCUGAGACGGGCUCGGCUGGCUACCGCGGUUCUGCCGAGCAGUCGUCGGAUGAGUCGGAGGAGGAGGGGGAGGCGGAGUGGGCCACCUGCGCCCCCUGGCGCGCUUUCUACCACCAGCGCGGCAUGCAGCCGCUGCGUCGCGACCGCAGCCUGCCUCCCCAGCUGGUCAAGAGCUUCCUUCCGAAGGUUCGGCCACAGCCUGUGCAGGCAGAGCGGCUGGAGCCUGCGGAUGAGCAGCAGGGCAGGCAGCGGCCGGGGCGAGGUGGCAAGAGCCGCCGCAGGCGCUGGUGGCUGAGCAUGUGCGGGCUGGGCGGCGGCCGCAGCGGCAGCGGUGGCAUGACCGAGUAA